AUGGGCACCGAGCGGGCCGGGAGCCGCUUCUACGUAGCUGUGCCCCAGUCACUGCGCGCCGAGGGUCACCGAGAUCGCUCUCCCGUCCAGCGAGACGGCAUCAGCAGUUCGCUUUCCCAGCACCGGGGCAGGAUCGGACAGAUCGUCCCAGAACAGGGAGCGGCCUGGCGAGCAGUCGUUUCCCCGGCACCGGGGCGCUGUUUGUUACGCAGAUGUUCCCCAGCACACGCGGGAGGCGGUGUCGGGUGCGAGGCAGAUCGCGUUUUCCCCGCAGCCACCGGGGAGGCGGGCCCGUCAGCAGAGUCGUUUCCCCAGGCCACCGGGAGCGCCUCGCAGACCGUAGUUUCCCCCAGCCGACCGGGAGGCGGCCUCGAGCAGACGUUUUCCCGCAGCCACCCCCGGGAGACAGCCUCAGCCAGAUCUGUUUUCCCCCAGCCACCGGGAGCGAGCCUCGGCAGACCGUUUUCCCCAGCCACGACCGCGCAGCCUCAGCACGAUUUCAGAACGGGGCCAGAUCGCUUUUCACCCAGCACGGGAGCGGCCUCAGCAGAUCGCUUUCCCACAGCCACCGGGGAGACGGCCUCAGAGAUCGUCCCCAGCCACCGGGAGCGAGUGCAGCGAGUCGCGUAUAUCCCCGCCACGGGGCGAGCGCCUAGCAAUCGUUUUCCCCAGCCACCGGGAGGACGGCCUCAGCAGAUCGUUUUCCCCCAGCCACCGGGAGCGGCCUCAGCAAGAUCGUUUCCCCACACGGAAGCGGCCUACAGGCGAUUCGUUUUCCCCAGCCACCGGGAGGCAGCGAUCUCAGCCACACGCUCGGCAGACCGUUUUCCCAGCCACCGGGAGCAGCCUCAGCAGAUCGCUUUCCCCGCCACCGGAGCGGCCUCGGCAGACCGUUUUCUCCCAAGCCACGGAGCAGCCUUCAGCAAGAUCGCAUAUUCGCCCAGCCGACCGGAGGGGACUCAGGCAAUCGCUUCCCCAGCCACGGGAGCGGCCUCAGCAGAUCGUUUUCCCCAGCCACGGGAGCGGCCUCAGCAAGAUCGUUUCCCCAGCCCCCGGAGACGGCUCACGCAAGAAUCGGGCUUGACUAAUCCUUCAGUGGUGCUUCAGCUUCGUGUUCGGCAUUCGUGUUUCUCCAACCGGGAAUUUGCCUCGGCUCUCGAUAAACAGUGCAUACGUUGCAAGAACAAUAACGGAAGCUCACACCCUGUUGAGAGAAACGAGAUGAUCAUGCUCUGA